AUGCGCGGGAUGAUGAAGCUUCUGUGUGUUUUUAUGCUUGCCCUUUUGGCGGCGAGUGGCGUGAUGUGUGAAAAGUGUUCUCGCGUGACCCAACGUUUGCGUUGUGGAGCAUUUGCGUGUGAUACUAAUCGCGGCGUCUGCGUCCCUUGUAACACAUCGGACGAAUGUUACCCUAGGGCCAUGGAAUGUAGGGGAGGGGAAUGCGUUGCUAAAGACCUUGCCAGUGGUUUUUCUGCUCUUUUGGGUGUGGCGCUACUAUGUGCAUUUGUUGUUUGUUCCAUUGCUGUCUUGGCUGGUGUUGGAGGUGGCGGCAUUCAUAUCCCCAUGUUUUGCUUGCUGAUGGCGGUGCCGAUGGAUAUUGCUGUGGGACUGUCUCAGUCUACCACGUGUGGACAGAGCUUUCUGAAUGUGUUUCUCGCCGUUCAGAAGCGUUUUCCUUCUGCCGAUUGCUCGCGCCCUUUGAUCAACUAUCAGUAUCUGACCCUCCUUAUCCCACUUGGAGUCAUUGGUACUCUCAUUGGAGGGGUUCCGAACAAGGUGUUUCCAGACUUGGUUCGUUCGAUUCUAUUGUUUAUCCUCCUUGUAAUCGUUCUGUAUCGCACGGCUCUAAAAUUGAUUGCACAAUACCGGAAAGAUCAGGCUGUGAGAAGGGAACCGAUUCCAGUUCCAUCUUCAGAGGAGGAAGUGGCAGGCACAUUGCAUACGCCCGAAGGAACACCCAGUCUUAACCAACCUCAGUAUCCAUGGCUAGAGAUUUUGUGUGUGGUCUCUUCUUUUCUUGUAAAUUUGGCCUUUGCUGCAUGGAGGUCUCGUACAAAAUGCGGCGGUGGAGUGUAUAUUGUCACUUAUUGCAUACCGAUUAUUGCAAAUGUUAUUUUGUUUCUCUGGUACCGGUAUCGAUUGGCGAAGAUGGAAAGAUCCAGAUUAACUUUUUACUGGAAUGCCAGAACCACAAUUCUGUAUCCACUGGUAUCGGUAGUGGCCGGGAUUGCGGCAGCCAUGCUCGGUAUCGGAGGCGGAUUGGUGCUGGGCUUUGUUCUGUACGAAGUUGGUCUCAUUCCCGAGGAAGCAUCUGUCACAGGAGGUGUUGCAACCUUGUUUUUGGCCCUUUCUUCCGCGCUGAGUUUGCUGAUUGAGGGUCGUCUUCUUAUUGACUACGCGGGGGUUUUUUUUGCAUGCGGGCUUUUUAGUGCAGUCAUUGGAGAUUUCGUGUUUAUGAGACUCAUCAAAAAGUACAAGUUGAGGUUUUUGAUCGUUGCGGCCUUAGUGACGAUAACUGCAGGUUCUCUUGUUUUUCUGUCGGGUUUUGGUAUUUACAACUCGAUUAAUAUUGUCCGUAAUGGUGGCUCGAUCGUGACAUUUGGCCGUGUGUGCCGUGCAGGAGGUGGAAGUGGCAACUAG